GGGAUGUCCGCCACCGCCGCCGCCGCCGCCGCCGCCGCCGCUGGAAAUCCGUUACCUUCUCAGCAUCGGUUUUUGUAGGAAGGGAGCGGAGCGUUCGAAGUUUGUGUGAGGAAGGGAGCGGAGCGUGGUCGAGAGAGAGAGACAGAGACUGCGCGCGAGAUGGCGGCGGGCGGAGGAGAGGCGGUCGGAGGGAUUUCCGCCGCCGUCGCCGCUGGCGCGGGAUCCCGAGCUCCGGCGAUUUCGUCACUGAAGCUACAGAUGAAGAAGACGUACAAACCGAUCUCGAAGCUGGAGGUAUUUUAUACCGGAGGACGGAUAGGAGUGUCGAGGGAUGGGUCGUUCGUGGCCUGCCCGUGUGGAGAGGAAGUGAAGGUGGUGGAUAUCUCCUCAGGAGCGGUUCGUGUGACUCUUGCUGGGGACGGAGAGGCAGUGACCGCCGUCGCCGUCAGUCCUGACGGUGUUUCCGUGUUCUGUAGCAGCCGAAGCUUGCAGACUAAGUGGUGGACCAUAGAUCCAUUGGAAUGUCGGCGCUCCUGGAAGGCCCAUGACGGACCUGUCUCGGAUAUGGCAGUUGACUCUUCGGGUGGCCUCCUUGCGACUGGAAGUGCGGAUCGGACGAUACGUGUGUGGGAUGUUGAGCGAGGAUACUGCACGCAUUCCUUUCGAGGGCAUGAUGGGGUUGUCAGCCGAGUGAUGUUUCAUCCUGACGUACACAGACUGCAGCUCAUUUCAGGAGGUGAUGAUGCAGCUGUUCGUGUUUGGGAUUUAGUCACGAAGUCUUGCAUCGCAUGUUUCAAGAAACACUUCUCGAGGGUAACAGACCUCUCGCUUUCGGCAGAUGGAUGGCUUCUCCUGUCAUCGAGCAGAGACAAGGUGGUGAAUGUGUGGGAUCUGCGCGACAAUACCCUACUUCACACCGUGCCAGUCUUCGAGGCUGUGGAAGCUGUGGCUGCUGUUCAGGAGGGUAGUGGAUUGCCGGGAGUUCGAACUGCACGCCCAACCUCAACUACAAAGAAGAAGCUGCAGCAGAAGAAAACGGACCAGCCAUUACAUUUCUUGACGGCUGGAGAGAGCGGUUUUCUAAAGAUCUGGAAGGCGGACAGUGCUACGUGUGUUUUUCACCAGAAGCAAGAAGACAGAGACGGGAUGGGGUUGGCCGCCGUAGAGAAGGGUGCAAAAGAGGAGGAUCGAGUAGUAUCGGCUGCAGACAGCUUCACCGCGGCCAUGAUUAUGCCUGACGGGAAGACAAUCCUUGGGGUGACAGGGGAUCAAAGGCUGGUAUUUUACAAGCCCAAGGCGAAGAAUGCAAUGGAGGAUGGUGAGGGUGAAGGAGCAGGAAGGGAGGAAGGCCUCAAGAUGAUCAAACAGUUGAUCGGCAACAAUGAUGAGAUUACUGACCUGAAGUUUAUUGGAAAAGAACUGGACCUGGUAGCAGUGGCCACUAAUGCUGAGCAGAUUCGGGUCUAUAAUAUGGAAACUUCAACCUGUGUGAGGUCCUUGGUUGGACACUCAGAUAUUGUUCUCUGCCUGGACGCCGGUGUGAGCAUGACUGGGCGCGCACUUCUUGUCUCUGCUGGGAAGGAUCACAGUGUACGUGUAUGGGACGUGGAGACGGGUGCAUGUGUUGCUGUCGCAGUAGGGCACAUGGCAGCUGUCAGUGCCGUUGUGCUGUCACGAAAACGGCGUGAUUUUAUCAUCAGUGGGGGAAGUGAUCGGACACUGAAGGUGUGGAGCCUGGAAGGUGUCUUAGAACAGUGGAAAAAGGGUCAAGAACCUGUCAGGCUGAAGUCAAAAGCUGUGGUUGCCGCCCAUGACAAGGACAUCAACAGUGUUGCAAUAGCCCCAAAUGAUGCGAUAGCAUGCACCGGCUCACAGGAGGCUUCUGGGAGGCCUCCUGCAAGUACACUUUCAGAUGCUGCUGGCUUUCUUGGGAUUGCUGUCCUGUUACUAGGUGCUGAUGGCCUGGUGAAACUUUGGACAAUCCGCAGCAAUGAGUGCGUCAAUACUUUUGAUUAUCACAAUGACAAGAUAUGGGCAUUGACUGUAAACUCGAAACAGGAGAUGAUCGCAACGGGUGGCAGUGAUGCGUUGGUCAAUCUGUGGGCGGACUUCACGGCGGCAGAGGAGGAAGAAGCAGAAAGGCAGGCCGAAGAAGAGUUGCUUAAAGAUCAAGAUUUGUCGAAUGCUUUGUCCAGUGGCGAGUUUGGACGCGCAAUUGAACUUGGAUUCGAGUUAAAGCGCCCACAGAAGUUGUUACACACGUUUGCAGAGCUCGUCCGGGCUGGGACUGGUAGGGAGAUAUUGCUCGAGGUUCUGGGCAAAUUUGAUAAGCUCCGCCUGCGGCAAUGCCUCGAGUAUGUGAGGGAGUGGAACACCAAUUCACGCUAUUGUCAUGUUGCGCAAUACAUCUUGCAAUCUGUUCUGGAGGCUCACCCAAUGAAGGAGUUGCUUGAGGUUCCAGGAAUGAAGGAACUGCUUGUAGCCUUGAUCCCGUACAGCUCGCGACAUUUCAAGAGACUGGAUCGUCUGGUCCGAUCGACAUUCAUCCUGGACUAUACUUUGUCAUGCAUGUCUGUUCUGUUCCCGAUGAAUGAGGAGGACAUGAAUCCUCUUGAUGUGGCCGAAGGAUUUUUGACGCAAACUGGAAGUAAAGGGAUUGCAGCCCGUAAAGUGCACUCAACUCUUCGUCUUACAUAUGCUUCCACACCUUCGAAGGCUGAUGGUUCGAAGCCUGAUGGGCCACAAGAUGCUGCUGAUGUAGCCAUGUCGAAGAAUGCUGUGGUUGAUGGAAUGGAGGAGGAGGAGGAGGAGAGGGUUCAGGGUUCGUCGAAGCCAUCUGGUGAUGUGGAGAAUGGGGCGGCGGAGGAUGGCGUGGAUGCGAUGGGUGGUGAUGAUGGUGGCAAUUCAGAUGAGACGAACACUGUCCCCAAGGGGGACAAAGUUGGCUUGGAUAUGGCAACCAAAGGUCCUGAGACUCAGAAGAAGAAGCAGAAGCAGAAGCAGAAGCAGAAGCAGCAGAAGAAGAAGAAGAAGGAAACACAGCAGUCGAAGGGUUCAGGGAAGAGUACUCCCGUAGAUGCAACGACUGCUGUCGAGCCUGUUCUGGCUGGGCUACCAGGAGAUGAACCUGCGGGUGAUGUGCGGGACAGCCCUGCUGAUGAUGGCAAGUGUGAAGCUGGGCCAGUGUCUAAUGGUGAACUUAUGGGGGGAGUGAGUGGUACGAACGAUCGGAAGACGAGAAAGAAAAAAGUAGGUGGUGGAGUGGAAAGAACGUCAUCGGGGAGCUCUGCGGGAAAGACAGUCCCAGGGGAUGGUAAUGCUGAUAGGGUACGAGCGUUGUUGCAGGGGCUGGAUCUUGAAAUACAGUUGAGUAAGAAGCGAAAAGGCAAGGGCAAGGAAAGUAAUGGUCAGACUAAAGUGGAAAGCGUCAAGAAGAGGAAAGUAGCACUCACUGUAUGAUGUUGCCAUACUGGUUGGAGGCAUCGUCAUCCUCAAUUUUGACAC